CUACCGCCAGACUACUAUCCACAAGACUACCCUAGACGACGACAUCAUGCCCCACGCGACUAUGUUCCCUAGAUUCGCUCACAAAAGGUCCCCCGGCACUGCUCUAGGAGGCUGGCAACUACAACCCUUCGAGACGAGCCAACCUGACGAACCUAUGCCCACUGCUAAGCAUGUUUCUGCCCCGCCGAAGGAGACUGGUCCUGCUCUCUCUUACGACGCGUCUAUCGGUAUCGCUAUCGGCUGCAUUGCUGGCGGAUUCAUUCUCCUCUACGUCGUUUGCUCGCUUUACCAACGUCGCGCUCGUCGUCGGGCCAGGCGUGAACGAAGGCUUAACGCGCCAGCCUACACUCCCACGAAGUCGAAGGUCGUAUUCCCCUACAAGACGAUUCCGGAUUCCUCCUUCAACAGGCCUACUCCCGCCUUACAACGCCCUGCCUCUAUUCUACCCUGGAAGGUCCACAGUCCCCAACCCAAGCUUGUUGACAAGCGCGUCUCCUUCGUUGGGCGGGCCGCGAACCGCUUCUCUACCAUGAUCACCUCCGCCCGCAAGUCGAAGCUCUGGGCUCCCGCUCCUGCCGCCACGACCUCCUCUCGCAUCUCUGCGCUCUAUCGUCCCUCUGCUCGUUACGGUCCCCCUAUCUGCCCAAAGACUGCCGAAUGCUGGAAGCUCGCCGACGACCUCGUCGGCGCCCACCCCGCUGCGAUGCACCUCGAAGCCCGCCCCCGCGGCCAGCCGUUCGGUCACAACCAGCCCAUCAUGUUCCGCUGGGCGGAGAACCCUUUCGACGGCGCCAUCGUCCCGAAGCUCAAGACCGACGCUAUCGACGCUCUGGAUCGCCUCGUCGUCGGCCCUGAACAGGAGGCGAAGUACCCUACCCUCGCGCGCUCUGGCAGCGGACCGAAGAUCAUGGUCACGCAGCCUAGCUCUGAUCUCGUUAAUGCUGUGUCUCGCGUUGGUCAACAGCCUCAACCUGAAGAACGCGUCUUCGUACAAACCCCGUCUCUUCAGUCGAACGUGCGCAUGCCGGUAAUCACUCGUCCUCCGCACGCGCAGGCUCUCCAGUCCCGGGACAUCAACAGGCAAGCACCUUCGUCGUCGCACAACAAAGGCGGGUCGGGUGGAGGGCAGCGUGUUGUGUACCCCUUCGCUCAGAAGGAAAACGCAAUGGGCAACUAUCCUGUCGCCUAUGUAGCGCAAGCCUUCUAA